CUCUUGUACAAUAAUGUUUGUCCUGCUUUAAUAUAAAGUUGCUGUGGAGGUUUGGGUUAAAAAUUGUGGAGGACAGUCUGCAGUGGAAGAGGCUCUCUUCAUCUCUGGUUGGUGUGGCAACCCCAAUCUGUCCUCGAUGCCUUCAGCCUUGGCCAUCUUCACUUGCCGCCCGAACUCUCACCCGUUUCAGGAGCGUCAUGUCUACCUGGACGAGCCCGUCAAGAUCGGCCGCUCGGUGGCUCGUUGCCGGCCCGCUCAGAACAAUGCAACUUUUGACUGUAAGGUGCUGUCCAGGAACCAUGCUCUGGUCUGGUUUGAUCACAAGACAGGCAAGUUCUAUCUUCAAGACACUAAAAGUAGCAAUGGUACCUUUAUUAAUAGCCAGAGACUGAGUAGAGGAUCUGAGGAAAGCCCACCAUGUGAAAUUAUGUCAGGUGACAUAAUCCAGUUUGGCGUAGAUGUGACAGAGAACACGCGGAAAGUUACCCAUGGAUGUAUAGUCUCCACAAUCAAAUUGUUUCUUCCAGAUGGAAUGGAAGCUCGAUUGCGAUCAGAUGUUAUCCAUGCUCCAUUACCAAGUCCUCUUGACAAGGUUGCUGCUAACACUCCCAGUAUGUAUUCUCAGGAAUUGUUUCAGCUUUCACAGUAUCUACAGGAAGCCUUACAUCGGGAACAAAUGUUGGAACAGAAGCUGGCAACCCUUCAGCGACUACUUGCUGUCACACAAGAGGCUUCAGAUACUAGUUGGCAGGCUUUAAUAGAUGAAGACAGGCUGCUAUCAAGAUUAGAGGUUAUGGGAAACCAAUUACAGGCAUGUUCAAAGAAUCAAACGGAAGACAGUAUACGAAAAGAGCUUAUAGCAUUGCAAGAAGACAAACACAAUUAUGAGACAACAGCCAAAGAGUCCCUGAGGCGGGUCCUUCAGGAGAAAAUUGAAGUGGUCAGAAAACUGUCUGAAGUGGAGAGGAGCUUAAGUAAUACAGAAGAUGAAUGUACUCACCUGAAAGAAAUGAAUGAGCGGACUCAGGAAGAAUUAAGAGAAUUAGCUAAUAAGUACAAUGGAGCUGUAAAUGAAAUUAAAGAUCUUUCAGACAAGCUAAAGGUAGCAGAAGGAAGACAAGAAGAAAUCCAACAGAAAGGACUGGCUGAGAAAAAAGAACUGCAGCAUAAAAUAGAUGAAAUGGAAGAGAGAGAGCAAGAGCUUCAAGCAAAAAUAGAAGCUUUGCAGGCUGAUAAUGAUUUCACCAAUGAGCGACUAACUGCUUUACAAGAGCACUUUCUUUCAAAGAGUGGAGGGGACUGCACUUUUAUUCAUCAGUUCAUAGAGUGUCAGAACAAGAUCAUAGAUGAAGGACAUCUAGCAAAAGUUGAAGAAACAAAGCUUUUGAAAGAAAAUCAAGCAAGAGUCAAAGAAUCUGAAUUGUCAGACACUCUUAGUCCAAGCAAGGAAAAAAGCAGCGACGACACUACAGAUGCCCAAAUGGAUGACCAAGAUCUAAAUGAACCUAUUGCUAAAGUAGCUCUUCUGAAAGAUGAAUUGCAGGGUGCACAAUCAGAGACCGAGGCUAAGCAAGAAAUUCAGCAACUGCACAAGGAGCUGAUUGAAGCCCAAGAGCUAGCUAGGACAAGUAAACAAAAAUACUUUGAACUUCAAGCACUGUUGGAAGAAGAGAGAAAAGCAUAUCGAGUACAAGUUGAAGAAUCCAACAAGCAAAUAAAUGUUUUGCAAGCUCAGUUGCGAAGAUUACAAGAAGAUAUUGAAAAUCUUCGUGAUGAAAAGGAGAACGAAGUUUCAAGCACUCGAAAUGAACUAGUCAGUGCUCAGAAUGAGAUCCUGUCUCUUCAGAAAGUAGCAGAAAAGGCAGCAUCAGAACGAGAUACAGAUAUUUCUGCAUUACAAGAUGAGCUUCAAACAGUGCGAGCGGAACUCGAACGGUGGCAAAAAAAUGCCUCAGAUUAUGAAAAAGAAAUAGUCAGACUGCAAGCCAGUUUUCAGCUUAAAUGUCAGCAGUGUGAGGAUCAGAAGAAGGAGGAGGCUACACGCUUAAAAGGUGAACUUGAAAAGUUGAAGGCAGAGUGGAGUGCUCUGGAAGCUGAAUGUGUUACACUAAGGAAGGAAAAUACUUUGCUUACAACUGAACUUCAGCGACAAGAGAAGGAGCUCUCUAGCUCUCAGAAACAGAGCUUAGCGCUAACCAGCGAUAUAAGUGUUCUUCAAAUGUCUCGAAAGGAACUUGAAGAUCAGAUGGGAUCUUUGAGAGAAAAACAUCAACGGGAUGCAGCUAGUCUAAAAAGCCAACUCAGUGAAGCUGAGAGUCAAGCAAAAGAUGUUCAGAAAGAGUGUGAAAGAACACAGACUGUGCUCUCAGAGCUGAAGGCGAAGUAUGAGAUGGCUGAACAAGAAAAUCAGUCACUCACAGAAGAGCUGAAACAAUGUAAAGAAAACCUGAAGCUGCUACAAGAGAAAGGAAACAACAGACAAUGGCCUUGGAUGCCUGUGAUGGCAGCUUUGGUUGCUGUAACAGCCGUGGUGCUGUACCCAGGCCUAACCAGAGCUUCUCCAUGAGAACUGUUGUUGAAUCCAUACACCGUCCUCCCUUUAGAAGCUGGCAACAUUCAUAUGCUGAGGGAAAACAGAUUAAUUUUCUUCCUUUUUACCUCUUAAUACAGCACAGCUCUGCGUGAGAACAGCAGUAGGGUCAUUUGCUUUAAACUGUAUAAAAUGUAUCUGCCUAUAAAGAGGGAAUAAAAUUGUGAUUCAUCAUAC